GUCAAAGGUCGGUAAAUAGUGGUGAUGUCAUGCGGGCAAGAUGGCGGAAGGGGAGGACAUGGGAUGGUGGCGGAGCUGGCUGCAACAGAGCUACCAGGCAGUCAAAGAGAAGUCCUCUGAGGCUUUGGAGUUCAUGAAACGGGACCUGGCAGAGUUCACCCAAGUGGUACAGCAUGACACUGCCUGCACCAUCGCAGCCACAGCCAGUGUGGUCAAGGAGAAGCUGACCACUGAAGGCUCCUCAGGAGCAACAGAGAAAAUGAAGAAGGGGUUGUCGGACUUCCUUGGGGUGAUCUCAGAUACCUUUGCCCCCUCACCGGACAAAACCAUCGACUGUGAUGUAAUCACCCUGAUGGGCACGCCCUCUGGCACAGCUGAGCCUUAUGAUGGCACAAAGGCUCGCCUUUACAGCCUCCAGUCAGACCCAGCAACCUACUGCAAUGAACCUGAUGGGCCCCCGGAAUUGUUUGACGCCUGGCUUUCCGAGUUCUGCUUAGAGGAGAAGAAGGGAGAGAUCUCAGAGCUCCUUGUAGGCAGUCCCUCCAUCCGGGCCCUCUACACCAAAAUGGUUCCAGCAGCUGUUUCCCAUUCAGAAUUCUGGCAUCGGUAUUUCUAUAAAGUCCAUCAGCUAGAGCAGGAGCAAGCCCGGAGAGAUGCUCUGAAGCAACGGGCAGAAAAGAGCCUCUCUGAAGAGCCUGGCUGGGAGGAAGAAGAGGAAUUUGUGGGUAUUCCACCCACAUCUCCGAAAGAAGCAAAGGUUCCUGUGACCAAAACUUGCACAUCACCUGAGGGAGGACCCAGUCCACAGAGCCCCUGUGAAGAGACUCCAGUGCUCCCGAUUGAUCCUCCAGCAGAAGUGACUCCUUCAGAGAGCAGUGAAAGCAUCUCUCUCGUGACACAGAUUGCCAACCUUGCCACAGUACCUGAGGCGCCAGUGCUACCCAAAGACCUGUCUCAAAAGCUACUGGAGGCAUCGUUGGAGGAACAGGGCCUGGCUGUGGAUGAAGGCGAGACUGGACCUCCACCUCCAGUUUCCUCCAAGUCCCUAAGCCCUGCUGGCCGCCCUAGUGGCCCAGAGCCCAGGCCUCCAGCCAGAGUAGAGACUCUGAGGGAGGAGGUGCCCACAGACUUACGGGUGUUUGAGCUGAACUCGGACAGUGGGAAGUCCACACCCUCCAACAAUGGCAAGAAAGGCUCAAGCACGGACAUCAGUGAGGACUGGGAGAAGGACUUUGACUUGGACAUGACUGAAGAAGAAGUACAGAUGGCCCUUUCCAAAGUGGAUGCCUCUGGUGAGCUGGAAGAUGUAGAGUGGGAGGACUGGGAGUGAGUGGUCCAUGGUGACAGCUCCCCACCACGCCACCACCCACCUCCCUGGCUCAUCUCAGCCCACCCUGGAUGACACUGAGAAUGUCCCCCAAAUGGCCUCUGCCAUCCCAAGCUCUGGGCACAGAUUCUGGUGGCUCCCCGCUGGUCCUUUGGGCCUCUGCUCACACCUGAGAAGGGGAUCUCCAAAUCCAAGCCCAGAACUCUGACUUGUGCCAACCUAAGGAUGAUGUGAGGAGGGGAUACCUACGCCAUCACCAAGAGCCUACAUUUCUCUGCUGAAUACCUGCUGCUUCUGGGGACUCCUGCUACAAGCCCCAGGGACAGCUCUGGCCCUUCUGUGUGUAGACAAAAAAGCUUUACUGCCAGUUUCUUGGCAGAAGCAGAGGCAGUACACUUCUGUCACUCUUAAUAAGCAGACAGGGAUGGCCAUGCCACCUGCCCGUGGCUAAACAAGGUUGGCGAGCAUGAUUUGGCUCCUACUCGUGUGUAAGAGGCCGUCAUUUCUGGGAAAUUUGCCUUUUGAAAAUCUCCCUCUUCCAGAAUUUUCCUCUGGAAAGACUCCUUGGGGUUCAGAAUCUAGAGACCAAACCAUACAUAACUCGCCUCUUUCCUUCUCUUCAGCCCACAGAGACAUGUCCCUGUAACUCCCAGGGCUGCUUCAUGUCAGAUGCACCCAAGUCCUUAGCCCCGCUGUGCCGCCGCAAGGGUCCACUCUUGCAGUUCUUUCCCUCCCCAAGAGGGAAGUGAGCCACUUGAGGCCCUCUGUGCAUUGCCUGGCAGAGUGGCUGGCCCAAGCAGCUGCCCACCUGACUCCCCCGUAAGUAGGGAACAAGGCAGCUCCCAUGGUACAGAGCAGUGAACAGAGGUGAGUGCGUACAGCCUGGGAAGGCCAGCUCUCUGCCCUGCCCUCUGCUUCCACGGGGCUGCCCUGGGGAAACACCCUGGUCCUCAGUGGGCUCCUUCUUAGCGACAGAGCCAGCCUGUCACCCUCCACUCUGGUGAAGCUGCACCUUGCUCAGGGCAGUGAGGGCAGCAGAGAUUCUUGGAGACCCUGGUGCUUUGCAGUGCUGCUUUGGUGAUUCUUGUACAUAGAGGCCGUGUCCACAGUGAGGAGGGAAGGGCGGGAUACCGAGUGAUGGGUACUUGCAGUUCAGACCUUCGGUAAGGGGUGGGAGGAGAGGACGCUGAGUCUCUUUUUGAUGGAUGGGGUUUUUUUCUCUUUGUAAUUAUUUCUUUAGUUUAAUUAACUUUUUGGUUGUUUGUGCAAUAUUAUAUAUUUUAAAUUAUAAUGCAUCUCCCCAGAGUAUUUUGUAGCCGGAGAAAAGAAAACAGGAAAAAAAAAAAAAAAAGAUUCUAACAGCUGUUAGUUUUGUAAUUAAAAAGAGAGAAAAAAGAACUUUGUCCUGAACCUUUUGCAGACUUGGUGUUAACAUUAAAGAGAUUCAACAGAA